AUGCCUGCUUUUGCACGCUGCUUUUUGGCCAAAGCUCUGCAGGAGACGCAUUCUGCACACUCAGGAAUCGCGCACGCAUCGCAUCGAUCGCUGCCGGCCGUCGCGCGCUGCCUGACGCGCUGCAAAGCCACAGCUCUCUGCCAGAGGCUGCAGCAGGCUGCCUCGUGCAGCGCACACGUCGCGUUUGCAAACUACUGCGCCAGCGCGAUGCGCCUACUGCCGAAGCCGCAAAACACAAGUAGCUGGAUGCGCUCGGCCCUCGCACGCACCUCAUUAAUAGGCCUCGCGCGGAGCAUGGCCACAGCUCCAAAAAGGCGCGUGGCUGCGAUGGAAGUCAACUUGGCCAUGAAUCUGGACGACGCGAAGUUGUAUGGCCUCGAGGGCGGCUUCCGCCACGCCGGCAGCAGCUGCGGGCGCCACGUCGAGAAGCUUUACGUCGAGGGCCGAUUGCAGGGCUCGCUGGAACGCGCGGCGACGGCCCUCUUUGACGGGACCGUCAAGCACGCGCUCGUCGUGAGCGGCUUCUACGUGCUCCACGAUCAAUUGGAGGGCGCGACGGGCUCGUGCGAGACCGACGGUCCGCCGGGAGCUCUAGCGGUCGUGCGGGCCCUCUGCGCGCGCGGCGUGCAAACGUCCUUAUACUGCGACGCGCACAACGGGCCCGUCCUGAAAGCGGGCUUCGACGCCAUGAUAGCGUACUAUGCAACCACGAGGCCCGCCGUCGCGGAUCGAUUAAGGAGCCACUGCCGCUGCGUCGACGUCCCCGACGGUGUCGAUCAUUUAGAGGCGCUCAAAGGCGCCCUGGAAAAGGCCUGGGAGGCAGCUGGCGAGGUCGACGCGCUCGUCGCCGUCGAGCGCCUGUCCGAGCCCUACCGCAACAUCAGAGGACACGACCUCGCGGCGCACACGGAGCCCGUCGACGUGCUGUGGCCCCACGUCGACGGGUCGUCCUGUGGAGAGGCGCGGCGGAAAGCGGGCAUUCGGGAGGACGCCGUCUCCGUCGGGAUUGGGGAUGGUGGCAACGAAGUCGGACUGGGGCGGGUCGCCCAGCUCGACGCCGUCGCUUCCUUAUCGCCUGGCGAGGACUUCUGCGCGCUGGGCGUGAACGGCGCGCUGCGGGCCUGCGACCACCCGCUCGUCGCGACGGUGUCGAACUGGGGCGGGUCCGCGCUGGAAGCCGCGGCGCACGCGCUCUUCCCGACCGCGUUGGACGAUCUCGAGGCGGGCGUCGAGCGCGCGGUCCUCGAGGCCAUCUGCGCGGCCGGCUCCGUCGACGGCAAGUACGUCGAGCGGCCGCUGUCGGUGGACGGCAUGGCCUGGGAGCCGGUCCACCGGGAGUUCUACGAGAUGCUGUGGGGGCUUGCUAAGGGUGAGUCAUGA